GCCCAUGUUUGAGGAAUAGAUCCCGUCUUCCUUUUGCCCGCUCCUCACCAUGGGACGGAUGCCGAUUGACCAAACCAAAUUACAACUACUGGAUCAUCGGCGAAACUCUGGUAAUCGAUCUUUGCUCGUCUAUCCACUCGAAUUCUGAUCUUCCACCCAAUCGUCCUCAUAAAUUAACCUUAUGGAUUCUAUUUCUUGCUCGACUUUUAGCAAUGGAUGGUAAAAAAGAAAAAAUUGUAUUUUAUUUAAGUCGAACGAAUUGGCGAGAUGGAUUGGAUUCACGUAGCCGAUUCCAUAUAGUUGGGAUAAGGCAUGAUGUUAUGAUAAUGAUACACCAUGGUCAUGCUUUCCUCCAAUAGUGUUUUGGUGCUUCCUCCCAUGGUUUAAUGAUAUGUUACUGACGUUGACGUUGGGGAUAGAACUGGGUGUAUGCGAAGGUUGGCGGAAAAACUUUUGUAUGGGUAAUUUCAUCGAACACCCAGAGAGAAUUUCAAAUUUAUUGCUGCUAAAAUGGGUCGCUUUUCCGUGUUUUCCACCGGCCAAUGGUCUUACCUCCUACGCUCCUUCGACGAAGGUGAACUCUUCAUAGGUCGUCAAGAUAAGGAAUCUAAAAAUAGAAAUGAGAUGGAAAGAGAAUCUCUCCAAUCCCCAAUAUAUCGUUAUCUUUCUGUUAGCAAAGUUCAACUUCCUUGCCUUUCUUACUAGGUAUGGCCGGAAGAAAUGGGGAAGAUGUACUUGUUUCCCUUCUAGUAGCAGCGUUGCUUGACAAAUUAACCUCUCCUGCGCUGAGAGAAUUUGGAAUCACGUGGGGUGUUGAAGAUGAGCUGGGUGAGCUCUCUGAUGUGCUUGAGAGUAUACAUGAUAUGCUUGAUUUACUGGAGAACGCUCAAAGGGAGAAUAAGGUGAUAAAGCGUUACCUCAUGAAGCUCAGAGGUGAAGCUUACCACAUGGACAACAUACUGGAUGAGUUAGCUUAUGAAGUUAUCAGGGAGAGAAAUCAAACAAGUCAGAGUAGGAGGAGGAAAAGAGUAAGUGACUCUCUCUCCUUUAGUUUAAACUCUGAACAAAAGUUACGUCAACAUGAGAUUGCACCACUGAUAAAUCAAAUCAAUGAGAAACUAGUUGAAAUGGAAAAGAAGCUUGAAAUUCAUUAUCUUAGAAGUCUAGAAGUAAAGCAGGUUGAAACAAUUAAGAAAACAGACCUUAGAUGGAAGACUAGUUCCUUAGUUGAUCGAGAUCAUAUUUUGGAUAGAAAGAAAGAUGUAGAUGCUAUAAGAAGCAAGUUGUUGUCUAGCCAACAUAAUAAUGAAAGGAGGGUUUCUGUUGUUGCCAUUGUUGGAAUGGGGGGACUUGGGAAGACAACGCUUUCUCAGCUUGUCUACAACCAUCGAGAUGUGCAGAAUCAUUUUCAGAUACGAGCGUGGGUUUGUGUGUCUGACAACUUUGAUGCUGAAAGAAUAACCAAAGCUAUCCUAGAAUCGGCAUUUAUGGAACCAUGUGAACUAAAGGAGCUAGAUCCUCUUCAACGUGAACUUAGAAAGAAGCUAAAAGGGAAGAAAUUUUUGCUUGUAUUAGAUGAUGUUUGGAGUGAAAACCACCAACAUUGGGAGAAACUAAGAGUUCCGUUCAGAGAUGCAAAAAAAGGGAGUAGAAUUAUUGUAACCACUCGGAGCAAGAAAACUGUUUCAUCCAUCAGGGACACUAUUUAUACUCAUAAUUUGGAAUUUCUGUCAGAUGAUGAUUGUUGGACAUUGAUAAAAAAAUGCACAUUUGUUGAUGAGAACUCUGUUGCAUCAGACCUAAUGGCUAUUGGCAGAGAAAUUGCGAGGAAGUGUAAAGGUUUACCCCUGGCAGCAAAUACACUUGGAGGCCUUCUGCGCUCUAAACUAGAACUACAGGAAUGGGAAAAUAUAUUGGCAAGCGACAUUUGGGGCUUAGACAAAGGAAACGGAUUGCCAGACUCUCUAAGCUUGAGCUAUCAUUAUCUCCCAUUGCAUUUGAAGCAGUGUUUUGUUUAUUCCUCUCUGUUUCCUAAAGACUAUGUAUAUGAUAAAGAAUGUUUAGUUGAAUUGUGGAUUGCAGAAGGCUUUGUCUGCAGUAAAGAAAAUGAGGCACUUGAAGACACAGGUGAUCAAUAUUUUAAUGAUUUAUUGCAAAGGUCUUUCUUUCAAUGUGCAAGCAAAGAAGAUCCCCAGCAUUCUGAGAAGUUUGUGAUGCAUGAGCUUAUGCAUGAUCUAGCAGAGUCAAUAUCAGGGGAGAUUUGUUGUAGAAUUGAGAGUAGUGCCAAAUCAUAUUCUAUCUCCAAAAAUACUCGUCAUGUGGCAUUACUUGACUCCUACAGAAGAGACUCACUAAAUGUAAAGUACUAUGACUCUAAGAGUGUAUCCACCUUGAUGGUCCUGAAAUAUGGUGUCAUGAAUCACAUCCUUAAUGAUCUAUUGGAAAAUUUCAGAUGCUUGCGCGUGUUAGACCUGAGAAAAACUUUCAUUGAAACACUUCCCGAUUCCAUUGGCAAUUUGAAAUAUUUACAGUACAUCAACCUCCCCUAUGGUCUAAACUCCUUGCCACGAGGAGUUGGAAGAUUAUGUUGCCUCAAGACAUUGUUGCCUUGUUUUCCUGUGGCUGCAAGCAAUGGUGCUGGGCUAAGAGAGUUAAAGAACUUGAAACUUCUUGAGGGUUCUCUUUGCAUUUCAGGAUUACAUAAUGUAUCUGAUGCUAUAGAGGCAACAGAAGAUACUUUGAGGAAUAUGUCAAAACUUGAUUGGUUGGUAUUAGAAUUUGAUGGUCAAAGUGACAGUAGUAUAGAUGCUGAGGUGCUUGAAGCCCUUCAGCCUCACAUGGAUCUCCAGCUUCUCCACAUGUAUGGAUAUUAUGGUGAAAAUUUUCCAAAUUGGAUGUUGAAUGGAUUUGGGUGUUAUAAUAAGCUAGUUUCUGUAUGUCUCUUUGAUUGUUUGCAAUGUCAUUCUCUUCCGGCUCUUGGUGAGCUGCCUUCACUAAAAUCCAUGGUUCUGGAUCACAUGCCUCUUCUGGAGGAAUGGCCGGGAGCAGAGAGUGGUGAAUUCCUUUGCCUUGAAAUGCUAAAAAUUUUUGAUUGUAAGAAACUGAAAGAACUGAGUCCAGCACUUGGAUUGAUUUCCAAACUAAAAUUCUUGAUGAUCUAUCUCUGUCCUAGUCUCAUGUCCUUACCAGAGGGACUACUCAACCUCACUUCUCUCAAAAGUUUAAAUAUUACUCAUUGUUCUAAUACAUUGACACAUCUUCUUGAUGAGAGUCUUCCCCCAAACCUUACUCAUCUUAAGAUUAAUUAUGGUGUGUCCGAGUCCCUACCCAGGGCUUUGAGAAACCUAUCAUAUCUUGAGAAACUCAAAAUUUACAAACAAUUGGAUCUCACAAGUUCUCCAAAUGUUGAGGAACUCAAACUCUUGGAAUCUCUAGAUGGUCGUCAUGCUUAUAUUCCUGCUAGAUACUUUUCUGAGCUGCCCACCAACCUUCGCUGUUUGAUUGUUGACUAUGUGGACUGUACACACCAUCUACCAUUGCAUUCCCAAGUGCAGAUGGCAGGAGGAUGAAGAGGUGAAAGAGAACUAAGUUCAGUAAAGUCAAUUAUUUUUCUUGUUCAGUUUAUCCACAAGUUGACAAGUGGUAAUGAAGCUGAGCAAUUGAUUACAAGGAUGAUCAAUCCUGGGAAUGACCUAGGAUCUUUCCAGCCACUGCAAUAUACUAGCUACUGACGGAUCUGUUCAUACCCAGGGAGGGACGUUGCCAUUUCUGAAAAUGACAACAGUACAAGAAAGACACUCUAAACCGGUAGUUUAGAGCUGGCAGUCUUAAAGACCACUGCCUUAGUUAGGGAUAGGGUGGCGGUCUUAAAAGGACCGCCUCCUCAAAACCUAAAUAUGAAAAAAUAAAUAAAAAUAGCAGUGGUUUUUGGGAACCAGCAAGGCAGUUCUAAUUCUGAACUGGGGAGAGAGAGAGAGAGGGGGAAAAAGUUAGACAAAACUCAAAAGACAAAAGUUCUCCAAGUUCCCGCGUUCUCUGCUAUUCGCAUGUUUGACAAAGGCAAAAGGGUUUGCUCACAGGAACCCUUUGAUGGAGAGAACAUUGCAUUUUGAUAAAGAAGAGUAUUUUUGUUGCAGAACUCCACUUAGAAGCAUCAUCAAACCUUCAUUCUUUGACUGAGAACGCUGAGAAUGCAGAAUCACUUGAGAAGGCUCCUUGCAUGAACCACUUGAGAAGGCUCCUUGCAUGCGUGAAUCAACUGAUUAGGAGAGGGAAAGAUUCCUUUCCAUCGAUUGGGAGAUGUCCAUACCAGCACCAAUCCUUAUUCGUUCAACCAAGAGAAGAGGAGGUUGCAGACUUUUGAUUGUCAAGGCUACUAAUCAGGGAUGUGAGGGGCCAAUACCUUCUGUAAUUCUGUUAGUAUCACUUGUGUGCCUGUUUUCUAAUUUGAGAAGUGAGGUAACAUUUUUUCUAACUUAUUUUGUAUUUUCCUGCAAGGGAAUUCUUGUUAUGUUACCUAACCUGUGAGAAAAAAGGUCCCAUAAACAGUUUUCUAUGGGGCUUUGAACCUGAACCAUCAUUUUUCAAUGAUAUCUAUCACCCUAGCCCUCUUUAAAACCUCAA